UUCCACCAACAUUUCCCAACUAGCUGUACGCUUCGAGGAUCCGGGAAACACCAGCAUGGAAGCCGACGAGCCGCCCAGGUACCCAGAUAUCCAGGGGUACUAUCUCAGCAGAGAAAUAGGCGGUGGAGGGUUCUCCAAGGUGUACCGAGCUGUGCACAGGCAAACAAGAGGGCUUGCGGCAUGUAAAGUGAUCAACCUUUACGUCAACCCCGCCUGGGGCCUUGGCACCCCCAACAUCAAGGAGCUUCAAAAGGAAGUCCAGGUACACAAGGCCCUCAAAAACCCGUAUAUCCUCGAGUUCCUGCACCACGAAACAAUAAAAAUCGAUAAUCCCGAUCAUUAUACGCCGGGACUGUAUAUGCUUCUCGAGCUGGCUGUUGGUGGAGAUUUGUUUGACAAAAUUGCACCGGACGUUGGCGUGCCCGAAGAUCUUGCCAAGUUUUACUUUGCCCAGAUGGUCGCUGGCGUGGAAUUCAUCCACGCCAAAGGUAUCGCCCACCGAGACCUUAAACCCGAAAACCUCCUUCUUGCAGCGAACGGUAACCUCAAAAUCACCGACUUUGGUCUCUGUGCCGUAUUCAGACACAAGGGCAAGACGAGAUUACUGAGCGGGAGAUGCGGAAGCCUGCCUUAUGUUGCACCCGAACUUGGUGUGCCAGCAGGACAAGGGUAUGCGGCAGAACCGGUUGACAUUUGGGGAAUGGGUGUUGUUCUCUACACCCUCCUCGUAGGUAAUACGCCAUGGGAUGAACCUUCGGAAAGUAGUCCUGAAUUCUGCGCGUACAGAACGGGCGAGUUGUUCAAUUAUGAUCCAUGGACAAGAAUACGCGGUCAGGCAUUGGAUAUUCUAAAGGGCUUGUUGUGUAUCGACCCCCAGCAAAGAUUAACGAUCCCUGGUAUCAAACACCACCCAUGGUGUAUGACACAAAGUCAACUGCGUCGCGAGCAGCUUUCUGAAGCUCUUACCCAAGGUAUCCGCCAAGAGGGUAUGCUGGCGUAUGCGGACCCCGUUUUCCGUUCAGGCGAAUCUCAAGCCUACGCCGCUUCACGCGGAGCAAGGUUGGCCGGCGAUACCGAUUGGCUUAACAAGGAAGAAUCGCAAUUCAUGCGCGGGACCGGAAACAUUACGCAAUCCGGUGAUCUGAUGACCAUCACCACCCGGUUCUGGAUGGCUCUCCCGCCCAACGAAGCAUUCCAGAUCCUCGCCGCUUUCUUGCAGUCUGAUGUCGCUGAUGCCAACGGUUCCGUCCGUGCUGUCGCCGCACCAUCAGCACCAGGAGACUCGUUCCCUGGUUCUCACGGAACAGCAGGCGGAGGCGGCGGCGGCGGCGGCGGCGGCGGAGGGGGUGUGAUCAAACUUCACAAGGCGGCGGGACAUCAGUAUGUGGAGGGCAAAGUACUUGUCUUGCCUAGCGAUAGUUUGGCGGCCGAGGGCCAGAGUCUGGUGAUCAUGCAGAGGGCCAAGGGGUCGAUCUUGCAUUGGAGGGCAUUGUGGUGGAGUGUGGUGAGAGCGAAUGAGCUGCAGGAUUAUGUUAUUCGAGGAGACAUGUGAAAAAAGACAUCAGCAGGUAAUGAGUAUUUCAGUGAAAAGCAGGACAGGGCCAGAGUCAUGGGAUAGAUAUAUGGGAGUAUUAAUCACAACUUGAUGCAUAGAUUAUGGUCUUCCA